UGGGUCAGUUUAUCUACUUCAGUAAUUAUAGGCCUACGUUUUAAUUACACAAGCCAGAUCAGGAAACUAUCGUGCAAUCGCUGUGUUACACUUACACGGUGAUGACUGAUAUUCUAAUAUUGUAUAUUAGCGUCCAUUGCAAAAAGCUAAUUAACUUUAAAGUUAUAUACUGAUCAGCCAACUCCUUUUUUAAUGUAUUUUUUUAUGUCAGCUAAGUCAGUCUUGUUAGCUCCCAAGAUGCGAGACGAUUUGAAAAGUUAACUGCCUGUGAUAACAUGUAUUGUGAAACCUGUAUAACGGGUUGUCUGAAUGAAUAGCGAAUGACAUCAGCUACAUCUUGAGAUAUCGAUAUAACGUUAGACUUGUAGGCUACUAAAUUAAUCACAGCCAAAUCGUGGAAUUUAGCCUAGUUAGCCGCUCAGUCAUCUCGCUGAUAAAAACACAAAACACGUGUUAUCGGAAGUCUCUCUUCUUCCCUCCCCAUGUCUUCUCGCCGUGUACAAGUUUCCUGAGUCGGGCCUGCCUGCCAAAUUAUCCUCGCCUCGGGGCGGUGUAAAUCCCAGCCCCACUGCGGUUUGCUUUUCCCACAGAGAUAGGGAACGGGAAGCGAAUGACUGAGUCUCAAACUCCGGGGAAGUCCGGAGCAAGAUGGUACUCAUCACCGAGCCGUCGACGAGCUUUUUGACUCCACAAACUACGCCAGAAGAAGUCAAGUCGAUUAAAUUCGCCAAGAAAGACGUAAAAACGACACAGUCGAAUUCUGAUCCAGAGAAUGGCGGAGAGGAUCGAGCUAAGAGAAACGGGAAACCGGGUACCGACCCGCUGCCAGCGCCGGACACCGAAUCGGAUGCUCCGGAGGUUCGGAGGAAGCCGUCACUUAAGAGGUCAAAGGUUAUAGACCAGACGCCUCUGCUGCAAAAUCCCAGUGAUACCGAAGCCAAGGCAGAGGGGAAGAAGGCCCAGUCUAGCCAGUCCAAGACGAAUGGCCAGUACCACAAGCUUUUCAAGGAGAUCAGCAAAGAGGAACUGCUGAAACAGAGUUACACGUGCGCCUUGCAGAAGGACAUGCUUUUUCACGGAAAGCUGUACGUCUCCGACAACUGGAUCUGUUUCCAUUCCAAAGUCUUCGGAAGGGGUAUAAAGAUUGUGAUUCCCGUGCUGUCUGUGACCCUGAUUAAAAAAACCAAAACGGCCAUUUUGGUGCCAAACGCUCUGGUGAUCGCCACAGCGGACGAGCGGCACGUGUUCGUGUCCUUCCUGUCCCGGGACACCACCUACAAGUUCCUGAAAUCCAUCUGCCCUCACCUGGAGGUAGGUAAGAUGGGACACGAUUCGAAGCCGUCCUCCACAGAGAGCAGCUUCAGAUCGGAACGGCCAGCGUCCCUGCAGCUGGACUUCUCAGCGGGUUUCUCGGACCUGGACGGGGUGGUGAGGAAGAGGAGGCAGAAGCUGUCGGAGAGCAGCAGCUCCGGGUCCCAAACCCCCGAUUACGAAAAACCUGCGGAGUUCCCGCCGCUCCCUCAGAAGUACGUGAAAGCGCCGAAGAAGGGCGAGGUGGCGGUGCACGCCGACGUCCACCUGCAGAAGGGCGCCGACCCCAAACACGGACCCCACCGCAACGGGCAUGUCAAACCGACGGCAGAGCCACAGAGGGGGACCCCCCCGCAGCCGGGGGCGCUGAACUCACUGCUGCUGCUGUACCUGCUGCUUGUGUGUGUCCUGGUCCUGUCCUCAUGUUACAUGGCCUUCAAGAUCAUGUCCCUGGAGGAGCGCCUCUCCGCACUGGGCUCCCUGGCAGAGUACCCCCUUAACGAAAAUGGUUUGCACUACAGAGACCAGCUGGACGUUGGCAAUGCAGAAAUAUACGGAGAACUGUCCACAAACCUGCUGAAGCUGGAGAAGGUGCAGAAGAACCUUCGGAAGCUUCUGGAGGAGACCUGAUGGAGGCUCCGGAACGGUCCGCCCGGGUGGCCCCGCCCACUCGGACCCGAGCCUGCACUUUAAACGCGAACGAGGGAGGAGAGGAGGAGGAGACGCCACACGGCACCGUUUCGAACCCGAGCGCUCUUGAUAACUGCCGUCUUCCACACCAGCCUCUAAGGACACUGCCCCCCCCCCCAACCCGCAAUGCUAACUCAGACACCGCGCUUUGCUUCAACAGUUGGAAGACCCGUGUGGGAGUGGAGGAACAGGUACCUAAAAGGUAUUGGUCAGUUUGGAUAAAGCCACAAUAGCCUUAAUGAAAAUCAGGCCAACUAAUGGGAUAUGGAGCCCAGUGUAAAUUGACCGGCCAAUGGGAUUUAAGCCAAUGUAAAUUGGGUAGCCAAUUGGAUGAAACCUUACAUGAACUGGGCCCAGUGGGGAUGAAACAUAUUGUAAAUUGGGCAACCAGUAUUUAUUUUUUUUCUUCGCACCCAGCCUAUAGGUCGAUUAUAAGGUGCAUCUCUGCUCAGUGAUUCGCGUUGAGUUCCAGCAUUUCAUUUAGUGAGCAAGUUUACAUACUGUUAUUGUUGUUGAACUGUCUUUGAACUCUUGUUAAAGCUAAAUGUAGAAAGAAGGUUGUUUCCAGUUUUCAGGGUAAUGUGUCUCUGGCUGUAUCCCCCCCCCCCCCAUGAGACGGGGGUUUUUUCUCUUCUCAAUCAAUUUGAGUCGCAUUUCGUCUGAACAGAGGGAGACGAAUCAGCUCCUGAACUAUUUCUGUGGAACGCUGGGAUGUGGGAUCAACCCUGGCUUUAUUCAACGAGCAUGUCUCAGCACUUUUCCUUGCUUUACCUGCCGUUCCCAGGCUGUCUAAAUGCUCAUUUUUUUCCCACAAGUCUAUGCUGUGUCACUGCAAUAAAUCACAUACGUGACAGCCGCUCCUCCCGGCCUCCUGGUUGUUGACCGUACCUCCCGCAUGUUUCAACACGGUAACAGCGAAAGCACCAGAGUCCCUCGGUGUGAAAAACCUUCGCUUGUGUGGUGGGUUUGUACUUCCCUUUGUUUUUAGAAUUCCCCUUCAUUCCCCGAUUGCCUGUUUGAGAGUAGGCCAUGCGCACACUUCCUGGAAAACAAACAGAUCUGUAGCGUCUGGUCUUUGCUGGUCUACGGUGAAGUCUACGAAGCUCUUCAUCGCUCUAGGAGCUUAUCGUAGAGGAACUACUCCUGUUACUGAAGCGCGGCCACGCGGACAUCCCCCUACCCCUGCAGCUGAAAGGAAGGCCUGUGCCCUCUGUCUUUGUCCACUGAUGUAGAGGCAGACGGGCGCGUGAAUGGGUCAGCCCCUGGAUUCCUCGCUGCGCUCCGCACCAGGGGAUUGGGCGGGGGCGUGACUCAGCCCAGAGGUGACGUGGCGGAUGUCGGUCACUCGCUAACCCGCUUCCACCGGUUUUUCGGUUACGAGCCUGAAUCUUAAAGCUUCGUAUAAAGCCGAGUGAAAUUUCUGGUUUUGGGCUGAAUCUCACCGGUAUGAGUCUUAAGAUCCCUGUCUUACAGGAAGAAUCAUUUUUGAACUUUGUGUCCCGCGCCCUCUGGUGGCUGUAAUAUGAACAGCCUCUGUUAAAUUUACACGUCCCUUUAUAUGAAGGUGGCGGCAUUGCCGGUACAUCUACUCCAGGGGUGUGUUCCAACCGCUUAUUUUUUACCUCCUUGCCUCCUUUCCAUGGUUCCUUUUCUAGUAUGGAAGACCAAACAGGUCAAAAAAUGUCUAAUUGAUGUCUAGAAUCAUACGUUGUCAACGCAGAUGCAUUCCAAUUGCCGAUUUUAUUUAUCUUCGGUCUUCUCGUGACCCAGAAACGUUCGAGCGCCCUCAUCUUUAAGGACAUUCCAAUCUGUUAACUGCCCCUCGAAGGAGCAAGGAGGCUCUCGGAGGACGCUUCAGCGAGGAUACGUGUGCGCUGCGUUUUCGGGAGUAUUUUUUAGGAACGUGUGAGGUUUAGAAGAUCCACCUCUCCUCAUCCGUAACUUGUUGUGGCUUCGAAUCGACUCUUCACUGCACAAGAAUGUUCCUUUAGCCUAGUGCGCGUAGCCUCGAUUCCUCCGUCCUCUUCUCAUCCUUGCGUUCUCCGUUGGGUGGAGCUAAGGAGUGGACACGAGGAACAGAUGAGAGGAAUGUUUGAGUGUGCCACAGGUGAAGAAUAGAGAGAUGUUAAAAGACUACGCUGGAGAAUGCGGGCAUCGAUCCCGCUACCUCUCGCAUGCUAAGCGAGCGCUCUACCAUUUGAGCUAAUUCCCCUCUGGUAGCCUCUGGCUCUGCUGUGUCGGAUUCUCUUCGGUCCUUUCUAUGCUGUAGUGGUCAUUGCACUGUAUCCAGUGUCCAGAGUUCAAAUUUGGAUGCGACUUUCUGUAACAGCUCUCUGUGUUACCACAUUACUUUCUUUCAGAUAAGAGCAGCAAGUACCCGGCUGCCGAUAGGGGAUAGUGUGUGUGUAUGCCUGUAGAUGUGUGUUUGUGCAUGUGUUUUAGAGUGUGUGCGCGUUUGUGUUUGCGGAAGUAUUUCUUUGCGCAGGUCUUGAAUUGUUUGUGUGACAGCUCCCUGUGUUACCAGAUUACUUUUUCUGAUAAGAGCAGCAGUUACCACUGAUAAGGGAUAGUGUGUGUCUGUCUGUGUGCGCGCGCGUGCGUUUUGAAGGAAGUUAAAAGGUCACCACUGGAGAAUGCGGGCAUCGAUCCCGCUACCUCUCGCAUGCUAAGCGAGCGCUCUACCAUUUGAGCUAAUUCCCCUCAGAUAGCCUCAGAUGUUGCUAUGGCUAAGUUACCUUUAAGCUUUAGCAGUUCUUGCAUGCUAGUUUAUUGUACCUAGCACUAUGGAGUUCAUGGACCAAACAAUGAUAUUCUCCCAGUUGUGUCCUCUUGGCUUGGUUUAUUGUGUGCCCAGCUUCGACGUCUGCGUCUGGCUUGCAGUCUACGCUGCAAAAUAACAAUAGCAACCCUGCGGGAAGCUGCCACAACUGCCGUGUCUUCUACUAAAACUUAUGCCUUGCAGGGACCUACCCUUUCCUGGAGGUAAUGUCUGACAUGCCAUACGUACUGGCCGGUUAGCUCAGUUGGUUAGAGCGUGGUGCUAAUAACGCCAAGGUCGCGGGUUCGAUCCCCGUACGGGCCAAAGUUCCUUUUUGUCUUCCUUUACAUAUUGAUAGUGGAAAGGAUAGAAAAGAAAAGAUGCUCUCCCCGUCGGGGAAUCGAACCCCGGUCUCCCGCGUGACAGGCGGGGAUACUCUCCACUAUACUAACGAGGACAGGGCACACAAAAAUGUAGGGUAAAGGUCAUGAUAAGCCUGCGUGCAUAUGAUUUGUGUGUGUGCUGGUUUUACAGUGUAUAUGUAUGUGUGUGUGUGUGUUUUAAGUUUUAGUAUGUCUAAGUGUGUGUAUGAGUGUGUACAUGUGUAUAUGAAUGGGCACGUGUGUGCGCGUGUGCUUGUGUUUGAGAGUGUGUAUGCGUGUGCAUGUUUUACAGCGUGCUUGUCCCCAGGAGUAGGCUCGAAACGGUGUGCAGACUCUUUAGCCAAUCAAUGACUUAAAUUAAGCACUUAACAGCAUCAAACGCAUCAAAAAAAAAGCCAGCAGACACAGCGGCCCUCCCUGAUCUGGGUUUGGGAUCCCUGCUUUAAAUGAUGGGAAAAUCGCAUCUGGUUCAGUGUGCGCAAGAUUGUCCCACUCAGUUUGUGUUCCCCCCCCUCCCCCCCCCAGUUGGGACCGUACUUUCCAGCUGCACACCAGCCACCAUCCUAAAUAUCGCGUCAGCAGACCGAAAACAAUCCCAGGAUGCACUGGAUCGCACCGAGAAUCGUCAGAGUAAGAAUUCGGUUGUACAUGGCUGGUCUCGAAUCGGCUCAGACUUCAUGCAGGAGUCAAUCUUUUUUUAACGAUGAUGGACGCCUUCUCGUUUCCACAAAACUCCUCUGAACGACCCCUUCAGAGGUCCACACUUGGGGCGGUUUUAUGGGGUUUAUUGACAAAGGGGUGUAAAAUGUUUUCCAGCACAUAAAACACAUCAAGCCAGAGCGGUCCCCACGAGACAUAUAAAAUGUUGUACACGCCAAUCAAGUGUUUACGCAUUUUUGAAAAGAGGAAGCACACACUUGCGCAAAAUAAGGCAAGAUUUAUUUAUAAAGAGCACACACACAAGGUACAAUUACCAGAGAAAGAAUGUUUAACCGUUAGGCUGGUUAGUUAUUUGACCUUUGCUAUGCUCCCAGUAUUUCCGUACAAACACAAGUGGACGAUUGAUUUCUAUUUUGCAGACCUAACUGUCUAAUCGCAUUCAAUGCAAUGAGUUUCACUGUAGGAAUUGGGUUUUAACCAUGAUGCUCAUUGAAGGAAGAAAAA